AAGAGGAAGGGAGAAAAUAAAUCAAAACGUGGAGAGAAUCUCGGGCAGCUGAAGAAAGGACGGGAGAGAAAGGAGCUGACACCCGGCUGAGAUGGGGGAGCAGCCGAUCUUCAGCACCAGGGCCCACGUUUUCCAGAUCGAUCCUGCCACCAAACGGAACUGGAUCCCUGCCAGCAAGCACGCUUUGACUGUCUCCUAUUUCUACGAUGCCACACGCAACGUGUACCGCAUCAUCAGCGUGGGGGGCACCAAGGCAAUCAUCAACAGCACUAUUACCCCCAACAUGACCUUCACAAAGACGUCCCAGAAGUUUGGGCAAUGGGCAGACAGCCGAGCCAACACGGUGUAUGGGUUGGGCUUUGCUUCGGAGCAACAUCUCUCCCAGUUUGCAGAGAAGUUCCAGGAAGUGAAAGAAGCAGCCCGUUUGGCGAGGGAGAAGUCCCAGGAUAAAACAGAGCUGACAAACCCUGCCCUGAGUAUCACAUCUCACCAGGUGCUUCCCAGCCCCAUCAUCAGCUCCAAUGGGCCGGGAGAAGACAAAUUAUUUCGGAGCCAGAGUGCAGAUGUUGAGAUAACAACAGAGAAGGAGCGGCUGAAGAAGAUGCUUUCUGAAGGGUCAGUGAGUGAGGUCCAGUGGGAGGCCGAAUUCUUCAGCCUCCAGGACAACAACAACAAGCUCGUGGCUGCUCUCCAUGAAGCCAAUGCCAACGUGGACCAGUGGAAGAAGCAGCUGGCUGCUUAUCAGGAGGAGACGGAAACGCUGCGGCAGCGGGUAGCAGAACUGGAGUCACAGGGGUCUCAUGAUUCCUCCAGUGAGAACAACAAGGAAGAGCUGAGCCAAACCCUGGAGGAGCUGGAACUGCUGAUCAAGGCUAAAGACGAGGAGAUUCAGAUGCUAAAGAGCCAGAAGUGUGGCCGAUGGGAAGCAGAGGGCGAGCGUGAGGAGACGCUGCAGAAGCUGCAGGAGCUGGAGGCACGCAAUGCGGAGCUGGAGCAGCGCCUUCACCUGGCCGAGCAGACGCUGGCGGAGACCUUAGCUGAGAGGGAGAAGAUGCAGAACGAGGUCACCAAGGUGGCAGAGAUAAUGGAUGUGAAGAUAUUUGAGCUCAGUGAGAUCCGGCAGGGACUAGCCAAGCUGGUAGAGAGCAACUGAGCAGCAGCACACUCAGAGGAGACACCUCCGGAGGAGGGGAGCCCGAGCUGGGACUGGUCACUGACAGCGAUUACGGUCACAGAACAGCCUCGAGGACUGAUCGGGCAGGAGAUGCCAACAUACCAGCAGCUGCCUGGACAGUGUGGAGACCAGCCGCAGCCACUUACUGCCCCGUGAACAUCCAGACAGAGGGCAGAGGGGACCUGAGCUCCCGAAUCCUCCACAGGGAGCAUCUACGAGUCGCAGCCAGACCUCUCUGGACCCCGCCGUGGCUGUGGCAUGGUCCAGAGACCUUCCCAGCCUCGCUGCUGCCACACUGUGUCUCCACCAUUUUUACAGUUUUCUAGGGGAAGAGGCUGAGCAGCCUUCGUGUUUUUUCAGUAGUUUUUUAGGAAACCACUUGCCUUUUGCAAAUAAGCUGCCUGUUUCCCCACCUAGGGAGGGAGGAGAAUUUGUAGCACACCGAGGACAACAGCUGCUCCUUUUCCUCUUCCCCAGCCCUAACUACGUCGUGUCUUUCUAACAGGAUCCAGUAACACUGUCACUGUCCGGAGCUGCCAGAGGUAGCAGUGUCCCCGCUGCAGAGAAGGAUGCUUGCCUGCCCGUGCGUCCUUUCCACUGUUCAGUCACAUCCUCCAGAGGAAACCUGCAGGUUUUGAAGUUCUUACUAGUUUAGCACAGUGGGGUUUGAUGACUUGUUAAAACUUCAAGCUGAGAAGAGUAGAGGCUUUGUUGGGGAAGGGGCGGUUUGCGUUUGAGAAAUGGGACUUUCCCAAGGGGUUGGCCAACAAACUGCUAGAUGGGCAUCUCUCCUGGCCUCUGAGGGUCGCAGUUAAUUGAAAUUAAACGGAGCAAAUCAC